GUCAUCACUAUCCAUGUACAGUGUUAUUAGGUUCAGAAGUGCACAGAACAAGGCCACAACUUGACCACGAUCACUGAUUAUCCCAAGAACUACAAGUCCCAGUUUAGACCCUCAAACUUUACCUUGCGGUAGCGCUGACCUCCCGCGCAGGCGUACAAGGGACAUUGGGAUAUCAAGUUGGCCAAACAGAGGGUGAUAAAAUGCAUAAGCUGAAGUCGUCUCAAAAGGACAAGGUUCGUCAGUUCAUGACCUUUACUCAGUCUGGGGAGAGGACAGCUGUGUACUGCCUGACCCAGAAUGACUGGAAACUAGAGGUGGCCACAGACAACUACUUCCAGAACCCCGACCUCUACUAUAAAGAAUCCAUGAAAACCUCUGUGGACCGCAAGAAGCUAGAACAGCUCUACAACCGAUACAAAGACCCCCAGGAUGACAAUAAGAUCGGUAUCGAUGGGAUCCAGCAGUUCUGUGAUGACCUCACCCUGGACCCGGCCAGUAGGAGUGUUCUGGUGGUGGCCUGGAAGUUCCGUGCCGCCACACAGUGUGAGUUCAGCAGGAAGGAGUUCCUCGACGGCAUGGCCGAGCUAGGCUGUGACAGUCCAGAGAAGCUGAAGGCUCUGCUCCCCAGACUAGAACAGGAAGUCAAAGACACGGCCAAGUUUAAAGACUUCUAUCAGUUCACCUUCAACUUCGCCAAGAACCCUGGACAGAAGGGACUAGACCUGGAGAUGGCUGUGGCCUACUGGAACCUGGUUCUAUCUGGUCGAUUCAAGUUCCUGGACCUCUGGAACAGGUUUCUAUUGGAGCAUCAUAAGCGGUCGAUCCCCAAAGACACGUGGAACCUGCUACUGGACUUUGGCAACAUGAUCGCAGACGACAUGUCCAACUACGACGAGGAAGGAGCUUGGCCUGUCCUCAUAGACGACUUUGUGGAAUUUGCCCGGCCAAUCGUGACAGGGGGCAAGCGUAAAACCAUAUAGGUCACACCCAGUUCCCAGCAGGGGCUGACGAUUUUAUACACACCAGCCAAAAA